AUGAGUAGUGGUGAAUUAUUACGUAGUGAAGCUGGACAAUUUACAACAGCAAGAAAUGUUAAAAGACCUUCAAUACGUUUAAAAGAAGCAUUAUUAGAUAAUGAUUUAUAUUUACCAUUAUCAAUUAUUAUAGCACAACAACGUCGUUGUAUUGUUUUUAAAUUUGGUGCACAAAGAAUUGAGCGUUUAAAAUUAAUUGGUAGUCUUUAUGAUCAAUGUCAAGAUACAAUGGUACAAUUUUUUACAUUUUUAUCAAAUGUAUUAACAACAGAAAAUUUUUAUCAUAAAUUUCCUUCAAUUGAUAAUCUUGUACUUGAUAUUCAUUUACAAGUUGAUGCUGCUUUUCAAAUAUCAAGAUCAUUAUUUAAUCUUAAUAUUCAAAGUGCAUUGAUACAAAAUUAUAUUGAUGCAGUUACAGUUGUUAUGUCGCCUGUACUUGAUUUUGUUAAAACUCUUCAUCCACAACGAACAUGGGAAGAAAUGAUACCACAAUUUUAUUUAACAUUUUGCUCAUUAUCAAUGUCGAAUUUACAAGUACCAGAAAUAGCAUAUAAACGAUCUAUUGAAGAACUUGAACUUGAAAUGACACAAAUUGAUGAACGAAAAGAAUUGACAGCAGCAAAAAAACGUAAAGAAAAAGAAAAAAUUCAUAUUAUUAUAGAUAAACUUAAAGAAGAAUUAUUUAAGCAAAAAGAACAUGUUGAACGAGUACGAAAUAAAACCAAAGCUGAAACUAUAACUGAAUUUCUUCGAUUAUGUAUUUUUCCACGAUGUUUAUUAAGUGAAAUCGAUGCACUUUAUUGUGCACAUUUUAUACGUGUUAUAUAUGAUUUAGUAACACCAAAUUUUAGUACAAUUAUUUGUUAUGAUCGACUAAUUUAUGAUAUAUCAUAUUCACUUGCUUCAUGUUCAGAAAAUGAAGCUAUACGUUAUGGAAGAUUUCUUGAAUCAUUAUUAGAAUCUGUUAUGAGUUGGCAUGGAGAUAAGAACAAAUUUGAUAAGGUAAUUUAA